AUGAAAGGUCAGAUUAGGAAGCUCAGAAAGGAACCGGAAAUUUUGGAGGAAUAUAAUGAAGUUAUCAAGGAACAGUUAACAUCGGGGGUUAUAGAGAGUGUUACGGAGUUAGAAAGGGCAGAUAAAGUUCAUUACAUUCCCCACCUUGCAGUCGUACGCAAAGAAGCGAGUACAACUAAGGUUCGUGUCGUGUACGACGCUUCAGCGAAGCUGGGAAAGGGAGGGACUUCCCUCAACGAUUGUCUGCAUGUGGGACCAUCGUUAAACCCCUUACUCUUCGACAUCUUAGUAAGGUUUAGGGAGAAAAAGGUAGCGUUGGUAGGAGAUAUUGAGAAGGCAUUUCUCAAUAUCGAGGUAGCUGAGAGAGAUAGGGAUUGUCUUAGGUUUUUGUGGUGCGAGGACAUACAUAAGCCGGAAAGCAAGAUUGUAGUUUAUCGCUUUUGCCGCGUAGUUUUCGGAUUGAACACCUCGCCAUUUUUGUUGAACGCCACGCUGAGAUGCCAUAUCUCGAAGUACAAAGAUGAAGACCCCGAAUUCGCAAGGAAGAUGCUCGAGGGGUUUUAUGUGGACGAUCUGGUGACGGGCGAGAAGAACUCGAGCGCCGCGUUCCAUUUGUACGAGAUGUCAAAACAGCGAAUGGCAGCUGGAGGCUUUAGACUGCGAAAGUGGAUAACCAAUGGCAAGGCGUUGAGAGAUCGCAUCGAACGGAACGAGAGUAACGCAACUAGUGCGCGAAAUGAAGAAGAGGAGACGUUCGCCAAGGUCACGCUUGGCACGGGAGCCGAAGUAAGUAAGAGAUGUCAAAAAGUUUUAGGGCUUUCGUGGGAUUGCGGAAAGGAUUGUAUCGAGUGUAGUUUCAAGAAGCUUGCUGACAGGGCGCGAGAAAUGAAAUUGACUAAGCGCAAUUUACUGAGUUUGCUGGCUGGGUUAUUCGACCCCUUAGGAAUUAUUAGCCCCAUGAUUGUUCGUAUGAAAAUUCUUUUCCAAAAUCUUUGUUGUGAGAACCGGGGCUGGGACGAGGAGCUUGAGGGAAAUUCAAGUAGAAAUUUUCAUGAGUGGAUUGCGGACCUGUCCAAAAUUGAGGGAAUUUCGAUUAGUAGAUGCAUCUAUGAAAGGCCAAAACAAGAGGUUCUUGAGUGUGAGCUGCACGGGUUUGGAGACGCGAGCAGUAAGGCUUAUUGCGCUGUAGUUUAUCUCGUCUACAUAACAAAUGAAGGAACUUCUGCGAAACUGUUAACUUCAAAAUCCCGAGUAGCGCCACUGAAGAAGUUGACCAUUCCCCACCUAGAGCUCAUGCCGGCAAGGAUCUUGGCACAACUUAUGGACACAGUAAAGCUGGCCCUAGAAUCUCAGCUCAAGGUUAAUUGUGUCAGAUACUGGUUGGAUAGCAGCACAGCGCUUUGUUGGAUCCAAAACAGGGAGGAGUGGAAGCAGUUUGUCAGACAUAGAGUGAACGAAAUCUUGAAGUUGACGAACAAAGAGCACUGGGGACAUUGUCCUGGCGAAGAAAACCCAGCGGAUAUCAGUUCGCGCGGAGCCCUUGGAUCAAAACUCAGAGACCACAAACUGUGGUGGUGUGGACCGCAGUGGUUAACACAGGGAGAAGAGAAGUGGCCAGCAACUGUAGAAGACAUCCGCACUCCCGAAAGCGAAGAAGAAUUGAAAAAGACGACCAAUGUUAUGGUUGUGCAAGUUCAGAGACCGCCUACAGUUGCGAACCUUGUAGACAUCAAUCGUCAUGGAUCGUUAGGGAAACUGCUCAGAGUGACCGCAUGGGUGUUGCGUUUCAUCAAAAAUGCACGUCCAGAUCAAGACCAGACAGUCAAAAGAAAGGGAAGACUGAAAAGAGAAGAAUUGGUUCAGGCCGAAGGCGAAUGGUUGAAAGUGGCGCAAGCAGAUUUGAGAAGACAAGGAAACUUUCAGCAUCUGGUGAGUGAGUUAGGGUUAGUAGAAAACGAUAGAAUUCUUAGAUGUGUUGGAAGAUUGGUUAAUUCCGAUUUAGAAGUCGACGCGCGCAGAGCAAUUAUUCUCCCAAGAGACCACGCUUACACGACAUUGGUGAUACGGGACUGUCACGAAAGGGUCUUGCACAGUGGUGUGAGAGCUACGCUUGCAGACAUGCGCUCUAGGUAUUGGGUUCCGGAGGGUAGACAAUGUGUGAAAAAAGUGUUGCGCAAAUGCGUGACCUGCAAGAAACAUGAAGGGAGGGCAUUUAGCACACCCCAGACUGCAGCACUACCAGAAUUCAGAGUGAAACAAGUGCCAGCGUUUUCGAAAGUAGGCGUAGAUUUUGCGGGACCAUUGUAUGUCAAGGCAGCAACAGGGGGCGUGCGAAAAGUUUAUAUUGCUUUGUUUUCAUACUGCGUAACCAGAGCAAUCCAUUUAGAAUUAGUCGAAGAUUUGUCAGCCGAGGCAUUCAGGCGAGCGCUAAGAAGAUUUGUAGCACAACGUGGAACGCCGACCUUGAUUGUAUCCGACAACGCGAAAACUUUUCAGGCGACCGAAAAAGCGCUCAAUGAUUUGUUUUAUAAUCCAGAGGUAGCAAGCGAACUAGACAGAAAGAAAGUCGAGUGGCGAUUUAACUUAGAGAGAGCACCCUGA